AUGCAAGCGCGCAAGGACGAGAUCCUUGCCAAGAAGGCAAAGCUCGCAGAACUCAAGCGGCAACGAGAAUUACGCCAGAAAGAGUUCAGCCAGAAUCGAGCCAGCAUUGGCGAUGCUUCAGAGAUAGUAUCACCCGUUCCGAGUCGAGCAGACAGCAGGGCAGAGCUUGACAGCCUCAUAUCGCGCCUCGUCGAUCGACCCUCAUCAUCCUCAUACAAAGACGGAGAAGGCCCCUCGCGUAGAGGCAGUCGCCCCAAUUCAGUGCUGAGUGCAAGCCAACUCAGCGGCGAAAAUGCAGAGGCUUUCUCACCACCACCCGUUCGAAUGGUGUCGCAGUCUGUCGCCACGCAAACAGAAGCAACCGGCCCGAUUGUAUCAGAACCGGCGCCUGCCCCUGAACCGAGAAAGGAAACAGUCACAUAUAGUAAAGCUGUGCAAACGGACGAUCUUCCGGAUCUACCAAACACGAUAGCAGAUUAUCCAUUAGCAGAGAACGAGGAAGCUCCUUCUACUCCGUCCAAGAGAUUGAGUCGGAGAGAGCGGGAAAAAGAUGAUGAGAUUCGCGAAAGAAUCCGCAGGGAAAUUGAGGAAGAGCUACAGGCCUCUCAGCAGCUUAAUGGAAAUGGAAUACCGGCAUCUUCGAGUCAGCUGAGAUACCCGCUUCGCACAUUGAACGACGAUGAACUCAAUGCAGUCACCUCGUCGGAUGACUUUUUAGACUUUGUGGAAAAGUCGAGUAAAGUCAUUGAACGCGCACUGGAUGAGGAAUAUGAUAUUCUGGCGGACUAUGAACUCGGCGGAGUGAACGCGGAUGACGAGGAGGAUGACGAAUUUGGGAAUAAGCGAAGAGGGAUUAAAGAAAUCGCACAAUUUUACGAUGAGCGAUGGAGUAAGAAGCGAACAAUCAGCGAUUUGAGCUUUUCACCAAAGUUUCCAGAGUUGAUUCUUGCUGCAUAUACUAAAAAUCCAACUGCACCACACGAGCCUGACGGCUUGCUUCAAGUCUGGAAUCAACAUCUCCACUCCCGCCCGGAAUACGUUUUUCACUCUACAUCAGAUAUUCUCACCGCGAAAUUCUCACCAUUUCACCCUAAUUUAAUUGUUGGCGGCACAUACUCCGGUCAAGUCCUGCUAUGGGAUACUCGAUCUAGCCGUGCUGGAGGCGGCGCACCGGUCCAAAAAACCCCCCUCACAGGCGCAGGCCACACCCAUCCCGUCUACAGCAUCGCCAUAAUCGGCACCCAAAACGCACACAAUAUUCUCACCGCGUCGACCGACGGCGUGGUCUGCGGCUGGACUGUAGACAUGCUCUCGCAACCCCAAGAAUACCUCGAACUCACCACCCCUCCCCCCUCAAGAACCGAAGAUCUCGCACCUACAACAAUGUCCUUUCCCCAAUCCGACCCAACCUUUUUCCUUGUUGGCACAGAAGAAGGCGGCAUCUACCCAUGUCAUCGCUACGACCGUGCAGGCGCAAAAGCAGGCACAGAUCAACGCCUCGCCUAUCGCGGACACGCCGCACCCGUAAUGUCAACAGCCUUCCACCCAGCACGUGGCCCCGUCGACUUUGGCGAUCUCAUGCUCAGCUCUAGUCUGGACUGGAGCGUGAAACUCUGGCGCGUCAGACCACCCGCCACAACAGCCGCAUCGGCGACAGCCGGCGGACUCGCUUCUACCCCUCAGGUCAUCUCCCCCUUACUUGACAUCAACCGUGAAGAUGUCGUAUACGACGCGAGAUGGUCCCCGCACCGUCCCGGAGUAUUUGGUCUCGUUGACGGAGCGGGUAACGUCGAGGUAUGGGAUUUAUAUCAUGAUACCGAAGUACCAGCCGUCAAAACACAGCCAACGCCGGGCCGGGGUGGCGUGUUGACGCGAAGUCUGAAUAAGAUUGCAUGGGAAGAGCGUGAGGGGAGGAGGUUGGCUACAGGUGGUCUGGAUGGAGUCGUUACUGUCUUUGAGGUUGGGAAGGCGUUGAGUGGUCCUGUGGAGGAGGUGCCGGCUGAGGAGUGGGCAGGUAUGAAGAGGUUGGUGAGUAAAUUGGAGCAGACUGAUAGGGGUAUAUGA